AAAUCUAGUAGCAGAUUGAACUACCACUACUCCACUAUACACUGAUAGUAUAAGUAUAAGCUCUGCUUGAUUUCUUCGGUAUAUUUAAUCAAAACAAUCAUGGCUGCAAUUCAGAAGCUACUGAACAUUGCAUUGCCCCCACUAUCAUUGGUGCUUCUAUCCUCGUUCAUGAUACCUUUCCUUAUCUUCAAGGUUUUUAUUUAUGUAAGGAAUUUGUUUCAAACCGAUGAAAAAUUGGAAAACAAGGUUGUACUAAUCACCGGGGCAGCCUCAGGGAUUGGCGAGGUUUGCUCCACUCUCUCCGCAGUGGAUUGUUUGGUGAAUAAUGCUGGAAUCGGCAAGCCUUCGGGAUUCAAAGAUUGGAGUAAUGCUUCUGAAUUUACUUCAAUUAUGGACGUAAAUUUCUGGGGAUCAGUUUAUGGCACUUUAUGUGCAAUCCCACAUCUGAAAACAAGCAGAGGCAGGAUCGUUGUGAUUGCAUCGGCUCUUGGAUGGUUCCCUCUCCCAAGAUUCAGUAUCUAUAGUGCAAGCAAGGCAGCGAUUAUAAACUACUUUGAGACUCUGAGGAUGGAACUUGGUUGUGCUAUUGGCAUAACAAUAGUCACACCAGGUGUGGUCAAAACGGAUCUGGGAGUAACUCUAAUAAAAGAGGAGCGUAUAAUGGACAUAAUUCCAAUGUUAUCAGCAUCUGAAUUAGCAGAAAGCAUAGUGAAAAGCGCAUGCAGGGGAGAUAUGUACUUGACAGAGCCAUCUUGGGUCAAGGUUUUGUUUCCUUUCAAGCUGCUUUAUCCUCCACUAGUAGACUGGGCCUCACGCCUCUUCUUUGCUCUUUCCCCAAAAAUAAAUAAUUCUGCAACAGAGCUGAAACCAGAGUAAAGUACUGUGUGCCGCUUCCAUUUGCUUAAUUUCUUUUGCAGGUAAAAAAAGUUGCAUUAAUUUAAAUUAAGCUGAUUACAAUUAUUGGUUACGAAGUUUUGUAUGAUUUUCGGACACUCUUCAAGUCAAAUAAAGCUAGCAUGGUUAAUGGCAAAUUUUGUUAAUUCAUGAGUUACAUGAUUACUUGGUCUCUUUGUGAGAAUUGGCGAGAGUGAAGUCCGCAGUGCUUGUACCCUUAUUUUCUCUUUCUCUAAUUAGCUUCCCCCCUUCCAUUUGCUUACUUAGUAUAAUUUGUAUCAGACAAAAGCUUAUAUAAUUUGUUCCACCUUCUUCUUUGUGGCACUUUGUUAUUAACUAUCCAAAAAUAUUAUUCGUAUACCAAAAUUAGCCA